CCCCUCCCAGCUUCCAUCCCAUUCCCCCUCACACAAAUUGUCCCCCUCCCUCCGUCUUCUUUACCAUAUCACUGCCGGCCAGCCCGCCAUACCACCACUGCCGCCCGCCACCAUUCCCACCGCCCCACCGCGCGCUCGCAGCUGCCGCGGGUGCUAGGCAGCCAGCCGGAGCCGCCGCCGCCGCCGCCGCGCCCAUGGCCUCCGUGGCGGCCACCUCCACGCUGGCCCCGGCCCUCGCCGCCCGCCGGCGCCGGGCGCGGCCUGGGGCGGCGCCGCUGCCGCCACGCCGGGCCGCCGUCGUGCGGUGCUCGCUCGAAAGCAACGUCUCCAACAUGGGCGUCAACGCUCCCAAAGGGUUGUUCCCACCUGAGCCGGAGCACUACAGGGGGCCCAAGCUCAAGGUGGCCAUCAUAGGGGCAGGCCUCGCCGGCAUGUCCACUGCCGUCGAGCUUUUGGACCAGGGCCAUGAGGUUGAUUUGUACGAGUCCCGGCCGUUUAUUGGCGGCAAGGUUGGCUCAUUUGUCGAUAGGCAAGGAAACCAUAUCGAGAUGGGGUUGCACGUGUUCUUCGGGUGUUACAGCAAUCUGUUCCGCCUUAUGAAGAAGGUUGGUGCUGAUAAUAAUCUGCUAGUGAAGGAACACACACAUACUUUUGUAAACAAAGGGGGCGCAGUCGGUGAACUUGAUUUUCGGUUCCCGGUGGGAGCUCCAUUACAUGGUAUUCAAGCGUUCCUCAGAACUAACCAACUCAAGGUGUAUGAUAAAGCAAGAAAUGCAGUUGCUCUUGCCCUAAGCCCAGUUGUUCAGGCUCUGGUUGAUCCCGAUGGUGCAUUGCAGCAAGUGCGAGACUUGGAUGAUGUAAGUUUCAGUGAUUGGUUCAUGUCCAAAGGUGGUACUCGGGAGAGCAUCACAAGAAUGUGGGAUCCUGUUGCUUAUGCUCUGGGUUUCAUCGACUGUGAUAAUAUUAGUGCACGUUGCAUGCUUACAAUUUUCACUCUGUUUGCCACAAAAACAGAGGCAUCUUUGUUACGCAUGCUAAAGGGUUCACCUGAUGUUUACUUAAGUGGCCCGAUAAAGAAGUACAUAACAGACAGGGGUGGUAGGUUUCACUUAAGGUGGGGAUGCAGGGAGGUUCUCUAUGAGAAAUUACCUGAUGGAGAGACCUAUGUUAAAGGCCUUCUUCUCUCGAAGGCCACAAGCAGAGAGAUAAUAAAAGCCGAUGCAUAUGUUGCAGCUUGUGAUGUACCGGGGAUCAAAAGACUACUACCGUCAGAAUGGAGGGAAUGGGAAAUGUUUGACAAUAUUUACAAGUUGGAUGGUGUUCCUGUUGUCACUGUUCAGCUUCGCUACAAUGGAUGGGUUACUGAACUUCAAGAUUUAGAAAAAUCAAGACAACUAGAAAAGGCGGUCGGUUUGGAUAACCUCCUGUACACUCCAGAUGCAGACUUUUCCUGUUUUUCAGACCUUGCACUCUCAUCUCCUGCUGAUUACUACAUUGAAGGACAAGGUUCCCUGAUCCAAGCUGUGUUAACUCCUGGUGAUCCAUACAUGCCAUUGCCAAAUGAGGAGAUCAUCAGUAAGGUUCAAAAGCAGGUCGUAGAAUUGUUCCCAUCUGCCCGGGGAUUGGAAGUCACAUGGUCCAGUGUGGUGAAAAUUGGACAAUCUUUGUAUCGUGAGGCUCCUGGAAAUGACCCAUUCAGACCUGACCAGAAGACGCCCGUUAAAAACUUCUUCCUGUCUGGAUCUUAUACGAAACAGGACUACAUUGACAGCAUGGAAGGAGCGACUCUCUCUGGCAGGCGAACCGCAGCCUACAUCUGCGGUGCUGGGGAGGAGCUGCUGGCCCUGCGAAAGAAGCUAGUGAUCGACGACAGUGAGAAGGCGUUGGGGAAUGUCCAAGUCCUGCAGACAAGUUGAGCCUUGCCAUCACACAUGCUGGAACGGCCAGAUUAUAUCUUUCUCGCUUCUGGUUGCGGGCGACCUCUUGUAUUUCCUAUUUGAGCAUCACAUCCGCCGCGGCUUUUCCGGUUCCUGAUCUGAGAACCAGGUAUCUAGGUGGCAUACGGGAUUACAUCAGGCAGUGUGUAUGUUAAGCUGGAACUUGAUUGAUCAUUCAUUGGGACGAUUGAUUGCUGAUAUAUACAUACAGCACACACUGUUCUUACGCCUUGCGAGAAAAUAGCAAGCAAAUAUCCGGGGGCGAUUGCUGGAUGAUUUUAUCAAGAUGUGGCUUUUACACA